AUGCUGGACUUGCUUAUCCGGGGCGGGACUGUGGUUACACCCGCCGGCGCCGGCCUCAUGGAUGUGGGCAUUCAGGGCGAGCAGAUCGCGGCGGUGGCUUCUCCAGGCGCCCUGGAUGACCUGGAAGCGGCGGAGACCAUUGACGCCACCGGCAUGAUUGUCCUGCCCGGCGGUAUCGAACCCCACGCUCACAUCAAUGUGCCGGUGCCUGAUUACUGGGCAGGGGGCGAUGCCGGGGUCUUUACCCAACCUCCCGAGGCCGCCAGCCGCGCUGCCGCCUUUGGUGGCGUCACCACCUACGUGGACUUCGCCGGAGCGCUGCCCCUGACGCCGGGGGCGGUCCCUUCCGCCGUCCCUAUCAUGGACCAGAUUGGUACGCGGCGGGAUACCUUCCGGGGACACUCCUACACCGAUUACACCUUCCACUACAUUCUCGCUGGGGCCGUCCCGCCCAGCGCCAUAGGUGAGAUUGGCGAGGCAAUCCAGUCGGGCGUAGCCAGCUUCAAGAUUUUCACCACUUUCCACGCCCGGGUCCCCAUGGGUCAUCUGUGGGAGAUUUUCCAGGAAGUGGGCAAGUACGGCGGCAUAAUGGCAGUCCACGCCGAAGAGGACGACAUCGUAACCUUUAUGGAGGAAAAGCUGGAACGGGAGGGCCGCGACCACGGCUCCAACCUGCACCUGGCCCACAACAACAUUUCCGAGGACAUUUCCUUCCGCAAGGUCACGCGGCUGGCCCAGAGCACCGAGACCGGCAUCUACUUCGUCCACACCACGGCCAAGGAGGGCGUGGCCGCCAUUGCCGAGGCCCGGGCCAAGCAACUGCCCGUCUACGGCGAGGCCCUGCACAAUUACCUGGAGUUCACCUGCGACGAUUACCUGAAGCCCGACGGCCUCGCCAUCCACACCUACCCGGCCAUCAAGUUCUCCGACGACCGGGACGCGCUGCAACAGGGACUGGUGGACGGGCCCAUCUGCACCACCGCAACGGACGAAUGGACCACCUACAAGAACGUCAAGCUGGCCGGCGACACCAUUCGCACCCUCUGCGGCGGACACAACGGCAUCGAGACCCGUAUGCCCGUAACCUAUACCAAGCUGGCGGCCACCGGGCGCAUAGACCUGCAGCGGUUCGCCGCCAUCACCUCCACCAACGCCGCCAGGAUUCUCGGCAUGUACCCCCAGAAAGGCGCUAUUGCCGUGGGCAGCGACGCUGAUAUCGUUAUCUUCGACCCGAAUCUCAAGAAGACCAUAACGGUGGACGAACUGCACGCCGAAUCCGACUACUCCAUCUGGGACGGCUUCGAGUGCGAAGGCUACCCGAUAAUGACGCUGCUGCGCGGCAAGGUGAUAGUCCGCGACGGCCAGCUCCACGGCAGCGCCGAUGACGGGCGCUGGCUCUCCCGCAGGGUUGCGCCGAGCGUGGUUACCCAGACUUCGGUUUAG